AACUGGUCGUCGUAUAUUUGUUAUUUGUAAUUUUUUUUUUUAUGUUUACUAUUAUUAUUUUAUUUUAUAAUUCAUCGUCGGGCCACUUAUGUACAUGUGGUGGGGAGUGAAGGAAAAAAGUAAAAUAAAAAUCCCUAACCCGAUUCUGUGCAUGCGCACAUGACUCCACAAAACCUCGUGUGUGCAUGACGCGGCGGACCCGCGGAAGUGCAGUUAUGCCGUACCCGCCGAACCGUCCGGGACGCGACGCCUUUCGACCAAACGUUUCGUCGGGAAAACGCUAUACCUACCGAGAAUGCGUCUCGAUCAUGGUACGAAAAUAUCAUUUUUCUCGUUUCUAAAUAUAGUCGUAAUAGCCAUUACGAUUUGUUGAGUUAUUUUGAAGACGAUCGACGGUAACUUAAAGUGAAAAUCGAAGUUUGUAUUCAAUAAUAUAAAAUCACUUAUUGACACACAAGCAUGAUAGUCCCGACGGCCGCCUUUCGGAAUAAAAUACUCUUCAUUCCGGCUAACUGAAGUACUCUUCUCUAUUGUUGUCGUGUCUUAUUCACCAUUCCAAUAGUAAUAUUAGAGCAGCAAUAUGCCGCCACCAUCAUUUCGGACAAUAAACUAAAGACUGUAUUCGAUUUACGAUGCCAGUCGUCUAAUGGCAACUCCAGCUCAUUCGCCUGAAUCAGACAAUGUUUACGAAAAAGCAUACUCGUUGGUGGUCGAAAUCAAUAGCCAAGUGGCUCAGUUUCGGGAACUACUGGUGCACAUCGGUACAGCUAGAGAUUCUCCGGAAACAAGGGAAAAGAUCCGAAAGUUGCGAAGAGGAUGCGUGGAUACAUGCAAACACACAAGUCAAUUACUCAUACCUCAGAUGAGAGGGUCAAAUUUAGAAUCAUCGCUGUUGGAUCACCCCGAGUUGGCCCUGCUGUUCUACCUGUGCCAGAUGAUGUUGCGAGAACUCGGAAAAUGUAGUCGUCUUGUGCAGCUUAUACCGAUGGACAUGACAGGAUAUUUUGAAAACCGUGCCGGGCCGUCAAACAUCGGCAACGUCAUUAGUCAAAUACUUUUGUGCAAGCAAAUCCAACCGGACUUCAAUCAAGAAGAAAUCUGUAGCAUAGCCAAAGACAGUCAAGACCUGGCCAGGCUCAUCCAAGACAUGCAAGAAUUCCUUCCACAACAAGACACCGCAGCUGAAAAAAAUGCAGCGUUAGAACCAGAAAACAGCAAAUGGAAACGAAAAGGAAGAAGAAAUUCGAUAUACACCAAUGUCAGCUCAUGUUGUUGUUUUUGUAGGCCAACUUACCUUUGAUGUUUUAUAUUCGUUGUAUUAGAGAGCACACAAAUAUUAUUUUUCCAAGCUCAAAAUAAAAACACCGUCUCUAUUACACGAGUCCAACAUUGUAUCACAUACCCCAAUAUAUUAAUGACCAACCUAUGUUCGUUGUUUGAAACAUCUGUUUAAUUUUGUUUGUAUAAUAAAAAAUAUAAUAUAGUUUAGUGUGCUUGAUAACCGAUCGAUGACAAAUAAUUUAAUUCGUAUGCGUUCAAUCUUACUUGAUUAUAUUUAAUUUAUAAAUAUUCACGUUAAGUCAAUGAUGUAUAAUAACCAAUACCCAAAUUAAAUAUUUAAAACUUGAGAGUACGGGGACUAAAUACAGCGAGUUUCCUUAUUCAUUGUUUAUAUAUGUAUGUAUAUAAACUUUAAAUGAAUUAUAAAAGACUAGACCAAAAAGUAUAUAGAACUUAAAAAUGUAAUCUCAAUAUUUUUCAUUAUUGUAAUUCAAAAUGGGAUGGUAGGUAUAUGUAAUAUGUCUGGUGUGUGUUCGUGUUUAUUAUGCACCCAUGUGCGUUUGUGAGAAAAAGUGAAAAUUGAUUAAUUUCCUGAAUAGUUUUAAGUAUCACUGCAAAACUUUCUUUGUUUUAACUUUAAUAUAAGUAGGAAAUAAAUAUAAAAACAAUUCCAGAAAACAUAAUAUAAUAUAAUAAACAAUGUUGAUGCAGUGGGAUCUCGAUAACUCUCAAGUCCCGUGGGUGUGAGAUAAUUCUAUUUAUCAAAAAUUGAAUACAAUAUAUAAUGCAUGAUGUAUUUUUUUUAAACCAAACAUGACAACAAAUUACUAGGUAUAAGCUGUUUAGUAUGAAAAAUAAAUAAAUGUAGGAAUAAAUCACUGUAGCUUUUAUUAUUUUCUAUUUUUUUUUUAUUUAUUUUUUUUUAAGUGAUUUAUGCUAAGCUUUUUUUGAUUUUUGUAAUAAUUCUAUUUUAAAACGAAUAUAAAAAACAGUGAAAUAUUUUGCUAACCACAUUUUCAACAUACUCUUGGUGUGGUCUAAAAGUAGGUAUGUUUAAUAUGCUUGCUUCGUUAAAAUUUACCAAUUAUGAUUUUGAGUUCAACCAUCAGUUUUUUUCGUCAAGCAGUCAUUAGCUUAGAAAAUAUGAUUUAAACCACAACGAUAGGUACUCUGAUCAGUAAUCAGAUAUUAUACUAUUGUGAUGGUUAAAUGGUUUUCUAGCAUCUGUUCCGUUGUGUAAAGAAAAAACUAAUAGCUACUUUUUGUAGGAACUUUGGGUAAUGCUCAAUAUACCUAAUUCUAUCGGCCAUUACGCACGAGUGAUACACUAUUUUAUGGACGUAAGAGAUAAAUUUGAAUUUUUUGUUGUUGUUUGUUUGAUUAUAUUAUACGCUAUUAAGAGUUCGACGGUCAUUUGAGAAGUUUAUGUUUGGCUCGUACAACCAAAUGUCUGAGAUUUGAUUAAACGUCUUAGGUCUUGCCGACUGGCCAAUCGUAAAAGGGAUUAAUUAUUUGGUACGCUACGCAUAUAUUUACUUCUAAUAAUUAUAAAGAGUGACGCGGUUUCUUGGCCCUGUUUACCAAACCUCUACCACUCCCCUCUCACCGAACAACUAGCUCCUUUCAAUGUCGGUGUUUUGUCUGACAAGCACUCAUAAAAUAAACCCCCGUUUCAUCUAAACACCGGAAAUGUUUUCAAGUAUACCCACACUCAAAUAAACUAAAUAGUGUAAUAAGAGUAGAUACCUACUCGCAAACGGUACUUAUUAUAAUAUGUAGAACGUGUGUUACUUUACUGAGCGACGUCAAUAAAUAUUUUUAUUUAGUUUCCUAUUUCUAUACGGACAUGGUCAGAUUCACGUUAUUCGAUAUAUUAUGUGGUUAAUGUUCAGCAAUUUGGUUUUAUUAUUGUUUAGCAGGGACGUGCAAUAAAAAAGUACUAUCGCUAAACGACGGGUGGGUUGAUGUUGCGAAUCGCCCAAAGAAUUGCAAAUCGAUAGUUGUAUCAUAACAAUAAUUUGUAACUUUAAGAAUAAAACCUACUGUGAUGAUCAUUCGCCCACUAUAAUGGUUCAUUGCCAAAAAAAAAAUUGCCUAUCUGUUUACUUCCGCAUUGACUAAUCGCCAGCUACACAUAAUACGACGCUUCUGAGAGGAUAUUUUUCUUUUUCGUCAACUAUUAUCGAGAUUCCACCGUAUGCUGACUAGGUAUCUGGUAUUUGGUUCAAUUCUAAUAAUAUUAAGACAUCACAACUACUCAAACUCAAACUCGUUAGUCGUUGCAUCUCAGGACUUUCAAAGUGAAUAAAAAAAGUUCAAAACAGAAAUAAAUCUAAACAAAGACGAGUAUUUACGACGCAGUACAGCGGCUGUAGGAUACCUAGAUGGUACUGGUUUGGGGUUAUUCAGCACUAUAUUUUUAUUAAAUUGUAAAUUUGCAUAAAAUAUUCCACACAGUAAAUACCGUUUUACGUUUUUCUUCGCGUCAUGCAUUUUCCCAGUAUACAAUACUUCUUGUACCUGCAAUUUGUAUUCCUUUGCAUUUGUAUUAACCGUUACCAUUAAUAUAUAUAUUUAACAAUAUAUUCGUGUCAAUUUUUUCCUUUAUAUUAUAAAAUAUAUAAUAUGUAUUAUUGUGUCAG